AUGAACCACAGCUUGACUCCCGUUAUGGAGAACAAGCAAGAACUUCCUAAUCGAGGCACCUGGAAGGGCAAAUUUGACUUCUUGCUGUCCUGCAUCGGAUAUGCUAUCGGUCUGGGGAACGUCUGGAGGUUCCCGUAUCUGUGUGGAAAGAACGGAGGAGGUGCAUUUCUGAUUCCUUACUUCACAACACUGGUGUUUGCCGGGAUUCCUCUGUUCCUGCUGGAGACUGCUCUGGGACAGUACACAUCAGUGGGAGGACUGGGAGUGUGGAAACUUGUGCCUAUGAUGAAAGGUGUGGGCUUGGCUGCUGCAGUUUUGUCCUUUUGGCUGAACAUUUAUUACAUUGUCAUCAUCGCCUGGGCACUGUACUACCUCUUCAACUCCUUCAGAUCAGAUUUGCCCUGGCAGAGUUGUGAUAACGACUGGAACACUGAGAGCUGUUUCUCCAACUACAGCCUGACUGACACCACCAACCUGACCAGCGCUGUCAGUGAAUUCUGGGAAAGGAACAUGCACCAGUUAAGCAGCGGGUUGGACGAGCCUGGUGAGCUGCGCUGGCCUCUCGCUGGGACUCUCGCUCUGGCAUGGGUCCUCGUCUACUUUUCCAUUUGGAAGGGGGUGGAGUGGACUGGAAAGGUGGUGUAUUUUUCAGCCACGUACCCAUACUUCAUGCUCUUCAUCCUGUUUUUCCGAGGCAUCAGUCUCCCAGGAGCUAAAGAUGGCAUCCUCUUCUACAUCACUCCUGACUUUAACAAGCUCGUGAAGUCUGAGGUGUGGCUGGAUGCUGCCACUCAGAUCUUCUUUUCGUAUGGACUGGGUUUGGGUUCUCUGAUUGCUCUGGGCAGCUACAAUCCCUUCAACAACAACGUCUACAGAGAUGCUAUUAUUGUGUGCUGCAUUAACUCCUUCACCAGCAUGUUCGCUGGCUUCGUCAUCUUCUCCAUCGUUGGUUUUAUGUCCUACAUCACCAAGAAACCCAUCCAGGAGCUGGCGGCCUCAGGUCCAGGUCUGGCAUUUCUGGCUUAUCCUCAGGCUGUCACUCAGCUACCCAUGUCAUCCCUGUGGGCAGUUCUCUUCUUCUCCAUGCUGCUGAUGCUCGGACUGGACAGUCAGUUCUGUACGGUGGAAGGAUUCAUCACAGCUCUGACAGACGAGUACCCCACCAUAUUAAGGAAGAGAAAGAAAGUUUUCAUCCUUGUGGUCUGCAUCGUGUCUUUUAUUAUCGGCUUGUCCAACAUUACACAGGGAGGUUUGUACGUGUUUAAGCUGUUCGAUUAUUACUCAGCCAGUGGGAUGUGCCUCCUCUUCCUCGUCUUCUUUGAGACCGUUGCUAUCUCCUGGAUUUAUGGUGCAGAGAAGUUUUAUAAAAACAUUGAGGAGAUGAUCGGAUACCAACCGUGUGGCUGGUGGAAACUCUGCUGGCUUUACUUCACCCCCUCAAUCUGUCUGGGCGUUUUUACCUUCAGCGCUAUUGAGAUGACCCCUCUGACCCUGGGUAAGUAUGUGUUCCCAGUAUGGGGUCAGGGCAUCGGCUGGCUCAUGGCUUUCUCCUCCAUGGUUCUUAUUCCUGGAUACAUUAUCUACAUGUUCUUCAGUCUGAAGGGGGGCUUUUACCAGGUAAGAAUUUAA